CGCUCCUGCCUCCGUCUGUUUUCUCCUGCCGGCCAGAGCAGCAGCACGAGCGCGUUCAAGUGUGCCGAGAACAUGACGGCUGUUUUGAAACAACGAAGAGUCGACUGGAUGUCAGCAUUCAUCUAGAUUAAAAUGCCGCUUUAUUAACCCUUCAUGAAAUCUCAGAUAAAUUAGGGACCAACACUGUGCUUUUGGAUUCAUUGCCCUUCUGUCUGCCUCCAGGACCUUUGAAGUAGGUGCAAAUGCCAAACACCUAAAGCUUAAUAGUCAAGUCUGCUGCGUCUCACAGGAUAGUGAGAAAAUCCGAUCGCUAUGGGAAACCAGCUGACAGAGAUUGCUCCCAACACAACGUUUCUGCCUAACUUUCACUCGCUCCAUGUGGUGGUCAUUGGGUUGGACUCUGCGGGUAAAACUUCCCUCCUUUACCGACUUAAAUUGAAGGAGUUUGUCAAAACUAUUCCAACCAAGGGAUUCAACAUGGAGAAGAUCAAAAUGUCUGUGGGCAAUGGACGUGCUAUUACUUUCCAGGUAUGGGACGUGGGUGGUCAGGACAAACUGCGGCCACUGUGGAAGUCAUACACACGCCGCACUGAUGGCAUGGUUUUCGUUGUGGACUCUGCUGAAGCAGAGCGUAUGGAGGAGUCCAAGGUGGAGCUACAUAAAAUCACCCGCACGUCAGAGAACCAGGGUGUGCCUGUGCUUGUAUUAGCUAACAAGCAGGAUCUUCCGGUUGCCCUGCCUGUUAGUGAAGUGGAGAAGAUUUUGGCUGUGCAUGAACUGAGCUCUAACACCUUUCACCAUGUGCAAGGCUGUAGUGCUGUGGAUGGCCAAGGCCUUCAGCAGGGCCUAGAGAAACUGUAUGAGAUGAUCCUAAAAAGAAAAAAGGUGGUGAGGCACAGCAAGAAAAAGAGAUAAGCGGCUUAAUGACCCCCUUUUGGGCACAGUUAUCUUGCUUGUGAACCUCCACAGCGGUUUCUGCGUUAUUGCAGGAUUUUGCUGGGAACAAAGAAAUCCUUCCAGAUGGCCUUUCAGUCAAAAUGGAUUUGACCUUUAUCUAUCACACAGUAUUGAGCUGCUUUCCAUAGUAUUUCCAGUGCAGCUGCUGUUUAUAUCUAAAGACUGCUAUAGAUUGAAAAGGCUAAUAUCAACAGAAUUUAAGCCCAUGCCUUUUGUUCCUAUGUAUUUCCUCCAGUAAGGAAAGUGACUGAAUUCAAGACAUGGAUUGGCAAAACAUUGAUUUGCUUUUAGAGCCAAUUUAUCAAAACUACUUUAUUUCAGUGCUGAUAUAAAAAAAAUGCCAUAUUAACAUUUGUAUUAAGCUAGUUGUGGAAUUAAUGUUUGACACAGAAUCUCUCCACACUUCUGGUGAAGUUUUAGUUCAGAAUCCUGAUUGUUUUUGCAUUCUGUAAAUAUUUUUUUUUUGUAAUGCUGAGGUAUGAAUAAAUUAUAGAUGACUUUGACACAAGAUAUGCAUAUAAGAAAUAUGUCUCUUUGCAAGACUAUAAUUAUUUAUUAUAAAGUAACGCAGAUAUAGUCUUGAAAAUCACUUUAGAAAAACCAGUUUCAGUUUGUGGCAUUAGAAAUAUGGACUGGGCCUCUGGCUCGAUGGUACGCCAAUGAAAGCUGAUACUUCUCUUUAUGUACAGAUUUCUUUAGAAUCAAAAGACCUUAAGUGUGCAGAGGUAUUGUUUGUUGGAAAGUGCCUUCAGAAACGAACUUCAUCCUGUUUAAAACUUCUAAUAGGCUAAGCCUUAAGUGGAGUAUCAUUACAAAAAUAGCAGCUUGUCCCAAAUUUAUUUAUAGACACAGCGCUUGUGAUGAUAUCACUGCUGGCCUGAAAGUGUGUUACAAAAAUGCUCUAAGGGAUGCUCAAAGGAUUUUUAGUGUCACCUUAUCUCUGACUGGGGAGAUUUUAAGACUAAAAGCAACCAUUUUUAAAUGUAUUAGUUGACAAUAAAGUACAUUAGUUCAUUUAAAUAUUUUUAAUGAAGCUAGCACUAUGUCUUAACAAAGGAAAUGUUUAAAAUAUUUGUGUUAUAUUUAUUCAUACACAGACCCAAAUAAAGAGAAAGCAUGAAAGAA